AUGCCGCCGCGCAAAGAACCCAAGGAGCAGGUGAUAUAUCCAUCCUCGAAGCGCAAAGUACCUGCUUUCAAACCUCUCCGACCGUCCAAAGUACCGCGAAUCCCUACGACCGAAUCGGAAAGUUCGGUGAAGUCUACUGCUGCUACUGGCACCAAGAAGGCAACGAAGACAACAAGCGGCAAAGUCAUAGCGAGAAUUGAGCUGAGUGAUAGUGAGGGAGAUGGUGAGGCAUGAAAUUGGUGUUCGAGCUAUGGCGGAUUCUAAUAUGGUACAGAGGUGCGAGACAGCGAGAGCGAAGACGAUGAUGACGAUGGCCCGACAAGCUCCAAAGCAAAGACCGUGACGAAGCGGGAUCUAGCGCGCCAAAAGACUACCACUCGCGAAGACUCCCCCAUGUCAGUAUCCUCUGAGCAUCGCAACGAUCCUCCCGACUCUGUUGGCGCUGGAGCACCUCCCAUGCUCACACAGUCCGACGACAUUCCUGGCAUACCGCAACCCCUUCUCCUUCGCCUCUUGCACGAGAGCUUCGCCGAUAAGAACACCAAGAUCGACAAGCAUGCGAUCCAAGUCUUUCAGAAGUACAUCGAAGUAUUCGUGCGGGAAGCGAUUGCGCGGGCGCAGCUGGAGAAGCGGCAGGCAGCCGAGCGAGGCGAGGUGAGCGAGAUGGAGGCUGGGUGGUUGGAUCUGGAGGAUCUCGAGAAGGUUGCUGCUGGUUUGAUGUUGGACUUUUGA